GUCUUUUUCUAGAAUCACAUUCUAGAGAAUUCGAUUCUUUAUCUAACAACUCAUUGAAUUGGAUUCUAUCACAUAAGAAUAAAACAAAUCCAUAAUAAUCCCUUUAUAUUUCGUGUUCAAAUUCUCUACUUUUACUUUGCUUUUUUUAUCAAAUAUUUUAUUUUAUUAUUAACAAAAAAAAGAAGAGAAUUUUGAAUUCAAAUUAUUGAAUAGCAAAAAUGGGAGAGGAAAAAUCAGUGAUGGUGGUUGGAAUAGAAGAUAAUCAACAUAGUUUUUAUGCAUUAGAAUGGACUUUGGAUCAUUUUUUUACAAAUUAUAAUUCUAAUUCUCCUUUUAAACUUGUUAUUCUUCAUGCUAAACCUACUCCUGCUUCCAUCAUUGGUCUUUCUGCUGGUCCUGGGAGUGUGGAAGCUUUUUCAGCCAUAGAGUCUAAUUUAAAGAAAAUUGCUGCAAGGGUUGUAGAGAAAGCUAUGGAGAUAUGCAAAGCAAAAUCUGUGAAUGAUGUUGUAGUUGAGUUUGUGGAAGGUGAUGCUAGGCAUGUCCUUUGUGAAGCUGUAGAGAAACUUCAUGCCUCUGUUUUAGUUGUUGGUUGUCAUGGUUAUGGAGUUAUAAAGAGGACUGUUUUGGGUAGUGUAAGUGACUACUGUGCUCAUCAUGCCCACUGCAGUGUGAUGAUUGUGAAGAAACCAAAGACUAAAACUUGAAUUGUUUCUACUUGGCAUUUGAUUUGGUGUGUUGUCCCAGUGAAUAAGUCUUAAAGAUAACAAAUAUGUGAUCUAUUUCUUCAACUCCAGGAGGAAAAGAAACGAAACUCAAUUGUUUGUGUGUACUUAUUUGAUUUCUUCACUCUCAGUAACUAUAUUUUAUAAGGUUGUAGUUGUUGUGUACCAUGUUGCCUAAAAAAGAUACUUCAGUGUCUUGUGUAGUGUGGAUCACAAUGUUAUGUAUGAAAUAAAACACUAUGAGCUAUUCUGUCCUAA